CAAUUUAUUUUUGUAAUCCCUAAACGUAUGUGGAUUGCAAGUUAACCAUGUGAACUCGACUUCAUAAAAAAUCAUUAACAUAUUUUUAUUGCACUCACAUUUUAUAGCAGUACAACACAUAGACAUUUAAAUUUAAGUUCAAAUAGAAAAUAUCAGUAAAUAUUUGCAGCGAGGGCGUUUCGAAUUUAAAAAAUAAAAUUAACAGAAUUUAUUUCUCUUUUAUAUUUGAUUAAAAAAAGCAUAUGUUUAAAAAAACAAGCAAAUUCAAGUCAUCGCAAGAGGUCCAAAUUCAAGAAAGCAAGUUUUCCGAAUAAAAAAACAAAAAUUCAAAAAUGUCGAGAACUUUUUUUUACUUUGCUUACUGCACCAACAUGCUUAGCAACAGGAUGGAGUGCUGCGUUGGAAAAAACGUCAGACGUGUCAGGAGCGCUAAGUUAGAGGACUACAAGCUGAUGUUUGGACAGUUCAGCCCGAUUUACUAUGGAACUCUUCCGACUAUUGUCAAAGAGUGCGACUGCCAGGUCUGGGGAUCGCUCUGGGAAGUACCGGAGUGUCUCAAGCCAAAGCUGGACGAAUUGAUGGGCGUUCCGUCGAAGAUCUAUAAGCCUUUGACAGUCAUGAUGCAAUCUGAGAAAAGCAGGGGUGGACUUUUUGAAGCUUAUACUUACCAGUUGAACGAAACCCCCGCAAAGCCUGAUACGAUAAACGGACUUUGGAAAAUGAAAUUCCGCCCGUCCAAAAUCUACCACGAUGACCUGAUCGAGGGAGCCGAAGAGGCAUGUCUACCAGUUUACUACAGGCGCUGGAUCCGUCAAAUCCCGAACAACGGCUACACAGGGAGCGUCAAGCCGGACCUCGAGGACAAUUCAGAACUCUAAGAACUGAAAUGUGCGGUAUAGCAAUAAUCUAAUAAAAAGUAUUCGUCUUUGGCACAUUUUUAAAAAAAUAAAAACAAAUAAACCUA